AUGGACGCUGGCGCGGUGGCUGGAUGCCUCCGGGACAAGACCGUCCUCGUCACCGGCUCAACUGGCUACCUCGGAAAAUUGAUGGUGGAGAAGAUACUGAGAGUACAGCCGGACGUGAAGAAGGUCUACCUGCUGGUGCGCGCUCCCGAUGCCGCCUCCGCCGAGCAGCGUAUCCUGACCCAGGUGAAGUGGAUAUGCGUCAUUGCUUUCGACCACACCAGCUAUAUGCAGUGCUAUGGACAUGGUCUAACCUUUAGUUGUAUAGUGCUAGGGAAGGACCUGUUCAAUACCCUGCGGGAAAAGCACGGGCUUGCUGGCUUCCAGAAGCUGAUCAAAGAGAAGAUAGUUCCUCUGGCGGGAGACGUCGGGACUCGCAACUUCGGGCUCGACAGCUCCACAUCUGACGACCUGUGUCAGGAGAUCGAUGUUAUCGUCCAUGGGGCUGCAACGACUAGCUUUUAUGAAAGAAUUUUAGAAUGGAGGUGGAAGUACAGAAAUCGUGGAGAUAAUAUCAACAUCAGAGAUACCUGGCUCAGAUCUGAUUUUUGGGGGAGCACAGCGUUGAACUUGUCUCUGGAAGAACCUGGUGAACACUGUUGCAAAUCUUCAACUAAACUCACCGGAUAUCCAUAUUCACAUGAUAAGUCGAUGCGUGUUGCCUACAUACUACCUCCGUCUUGGUACGAUGUUGCUUUGGCAUCGAAUGCAUUAGGAGCCCAAUAUGGAUGCGAAUUUGCCAAGAAGUGUCCUAAUCUGAAAUUGUUGCUUCAUGUUUCCACUGCUUUUGUAGCUGGUACUCAAGAAGGACUUUUACUGGAGAAAGCACUAAAGAUGGGUGAAGCAUUACGGCCCGGUUGCCACUUGGACAUUGAAGCUGAGUUGCAGCUGGUUGAGAAGGUCAAGGCUGAACUCGCAGAGGCGAAGAGUGGUGGUUCAGACCAAUCAUCGGAGAAGAUAGCCAUGAAAGAACUUGGCUUCAAGAGGGCUUGUCAUUUUGGAUGGCCAAAUGUAUAUACAUUUACCAAGGCUAUGGGGGAGAUGUUACUUGAGCAGCAGAGGGGAGACCUUCCUGUCGUUAUUAUUCGACCCACCAUGGUAACCAGCACUUAUCAAGAUCCAUUUCCUGGGUGGAUAGAAGGGGCGAGGACAAUUGAUGCUCUGAUUGUCGCCUACAAUGAGCAGGCAUUCCCAUGUUUCGUAGGUGAUCGCAAUGACACAAUGGAUGCAGUUCCUGCAGAUAUGGUGGUAAAUGCAACACUGGUAGCCAUGGCUGUUCACUGGAAUGAGAAAGGGCAAGUCAUUUACCAUGUGAGCUCGGCAAUCCGAAAUCCAUUGACCGGUCAAGUUCUUGAGGACGUGUGCUGGGAUUAUUUCUCCAUCCAUCCCCGUGUACUAGAAAAUGGGAAACCUCUAGAAAACAGAAGGCCAUACGUGUUCAAGAGAUUCGCUUACUUCCGCGCAUAUCUGAUCCUGAUGUAUAAGCUACCACUUGAGAUUUUGCAUGCAGUGAGCGUAUUACUCUGUGGGUUGUUUUCCCAAUGUUACAACAAGCACAACCGAAGAUACACUUUCCUAAUGCUCUUGGUCAAGCUGUAUGCACCAUAUGCCUUCUUCAAAGGAUGCUUUGAUGACACAAACUUAACAAGAUUGAGGAAGGAAGUAAAGAUGGACGGCAAAGAUGGUAGCCUCUUCAACUUCGACCCCAAAUCUAUGGACUGGCACUCGUAUCUCUUGAACGUCCACGUCCCAGCUGUGCUAAUGUACGGCCGCAAAAAUAAGGGAAGCGUAUAG